AUGGCAGCUGUCAAUCACACAGACUCCAGGCCCGGCACAUUCCUCCUUGUGGGCAUCCCAGGCCUGGAGAGGUUUCACCUCUGGAUUUCGGUCCCCUUCUUCUCCAUGUAUACUUUUGCCCUUCUCGGCAACUUAGUCUUGCUCUUUAUCAUCUUCCGAGAACAAAGCCUGCACAAGCCUAUGUACCUUUUCCUUUCUGCACUAACAGUAGCAGACUUGCUCUUAUCUACCUCUACAGUGCCCAGGAUGUUAGCUAUUUUCUGGUUCCGAGCGAGGGGCAUUUCUUUUGGUGCAUGCCUUGCUCAGGUGUUUCUCGUUCACUUUAUUUUUGCUGCAGAGUCAGCAGUUCUGGUGGCCAUGGCCUUUGAUCGCUAUGUUGCCAUCUGCAACCCCCUGCGCUACGUGACUUUAUUGACCCCCUCCAUCAUAUGGAGAAUAGAGGUGGCGGCUGUUGUCAGAAGCCUCUGCAUCGUCCUCCCGUUUGUUUUUCUGCUUCAAAGGCUGUCUUACUGCAGAAACCGCGUUAUCCCUCACUCCUACUGCGAGCACAUGGGUGUAGCCAGACUGGCCUGCACAAGUAUAAAGGUCAAUGUUGUCUACGGUUUGACAGUUGUCUUGCUGUCGGCGGGGAUAGAUGUAGUGUUCAUUGCUGUGUCCUACGGACUGAUUCUGAGGGCUGUCUUCCAGCUCCCCUCCACAGGCGCCCGUCUCAAGGCUAUGGGCACCUGCGGCUCCCACCUCUGCAGCAUCCUCCUCUUCUACACGCCGGCCUUCUUCUCCUUUUUCACGCACCGUUUUGGUGGCCACAGCAUCCCCCGCCACAUCCACAUACUGCUGGCCAAUCUCUACGUAGUGGUCCCCCCCAUGCUAAAUCCCGUCAUUUAUGGAGUGAAGAACAAGCGGAUUUGUGAAUCACUGCUGUGCAUGUUCUUUUCUGAAAGGCCAGCUUUGCUGAGGGAGAGCUUAGCAGUGCUAAUGAUGCUGUUAAGGACAAGGACUUCCCGUGUCGGGACAGCAAAGACCUUCUCAAUGUACCCCAUCCCCACGUACCCCAUCCCCAUGUAUCCCAACUCCAGGUACCCCAUCCCCACAUAUCCCAAUCCCACAUACCCCAUCGCCACAUACCCCAGCCCCAUGUACCACGUUCCCCACAUACCCAUCUCCACAUGCCCCAACCCCAUCUACCCCAUUGUCUUGACCCAGCGUCCUAACGAUCCAGGUUUCGUGAUUCUCUUGGCCUAA